AUGCUCUUUUGCACCCUGGAAGAUCGGAUCUUUCAGCUCAGGACUCAAGCUUGCAAGACCCAGGGCCUCACGAGGCCCGCGCCCAGUGCUGAUGGUUCCCAGCCGUACCGCGAAGGCCCUCGCAAGGGCCAGGUGAACUUGAGCAAAGACACGGCUACGAAGCGGCUGUUGCACCCGCCGAGUGACGUGAUCAACGGAGACGUCUUGAAUUUCAUGCCCGUCAUACACAUUGUCGAGCACGAUUCGGCAGCUGCCUGGCAUCGACACUGUUCUGCUUGCUGGCCGACCUUCGUUUGUAAGCAGGGGGCAUCGGGGAUCGUUUCCUUUCUGCUGAAGGCCCGUGGCCUUCUCUUGGUGCCGGUCGGCCUAUGCUGUUGGAUGGGUAUCACAGGAAGUUGUAUGGAAACUACACAGUAG